AGAAAUGUGCUUGACAUCUGUACGUCACGAGCAGUUUUGACGUACUCGUGUAACGUGUGUCUGUUUUUUACGAAGAAUUUAUAGUUCCUUAUCCGGAGCCCGAGAAACGGCUGCUUAUUUUUCUACGUGAUUUCCUGUGCAAGAAAAAAGCGAAACUGGUCGGACAAGUGCUCCGGUCACUUGCCUUUCACUCGUGGUGAUCUGGUUCUAGGGGGGGUUAUCGAUCUCGCAAUACCGUCGGCUAUAUAUCGGACCCCCUGCUGACCCUAUCGUUUUCGCGACAAUUCUGUUUAUACGACAUACAUAUCAUCGCGAGACGACGUAAAUAGUAGAAAUUGCACAAGCUUCCUACAGUCGGAAUUGCUUACUCGUGCCUCUCGUAUCUCUCGCGCGACCGCGGUAUGCAGUAGCACGUGCUUCCGAACACAGUGAGUGGAAUCCUUCGUAGUAACAGCAACAAUAGUAGCGAAUCAUGUUCUCCUGGAGAAGCUUCCUUGUCGCCGUGACACAGCAACCGCAAGGAUUUGUGAGAAAACUGCAUCUGUCAAGAUGCAGGCAAGUAGCGAAGAUAAUAGAUGGGCAGAAAAUAGCAGAAGAGAUCCAGGAAGAAUUAAAGAUGGUCAUGGAUACUUAUAUAAAUGCUGGGAAGAAGAGACCAAAGCUGGUGGCAAUAUUAGUAGGGAACCAUCCAUCUAGCAAAGCUUAUGUCGAUAGAAAAAUGAAAGCAGCGAAGUUUAUAGGAAUUGAAAGUUAUACCGUUCACUUGGGAGAAAAUAUAACGCAAGGGGAUCUUUUGAAAGAGAUUGAUAGUCUUAAUAGGGAUACAACUGUUGAUGGGAUCCUGGUGCAGUUACCAUUACCAAAAGGCAUGAAUGACAAAGAAGUGUGUCAAGCGAUAAUUCCCAAGAAAGACGUGGACGGUUUUCACUUGGAAAAUAUUGGUAAUCUAACACUAGACAGCAGGAGUAUCGUGCCAGCCACUGCUUUGGCUGUAAGAGAAUUAGUGAUUAGGAGUAAAAUCGAGACUUUUGGAAAAAACGCUGUCGUGGUGGGUAGAUCGAAACACGUCGGGCUGCCUAUCGCGCUGUUACUUCAUUCGGACAGCAAAGGUGAGACGGGCGCGCUAGACAUGACUACGACUAUCUGCCACCGUCACACCCCCCACACUGAACUGGAAAAGUUCACAAAACUAGCGGAUUUAGUGGUAGUGGCGGCCGGGGUUCCCGGUCUAAUCACUAAAGAAAUGAUAAAACCCGGUGCUUGUGUAAUCGAUGUUGGUAUCACUAGGAUGAAAACGGCAGACGGCAAGUAUCGGCUGGUAGGAGAUGUAGAUUAUGACAGUGUGAAAGAGGUCGCUGGGCACAUCACGCCAGUCCCCGGCGGCGUAGGUCCCAUGACGGUAGCGAUGUUAAUGAGAAAUACAGUGGCUGCUGCCAUGGGAAACCAAGAGGACCAAACCAAACAGUCCGUCCACUUGGAAAGCAGCAAAGCGUUUAUAUAGCAUUGAGAGGCAUGCGUGUUAUGUAAUUUAUUCUAUAGCAAAUUUUUCUAUUCGAUUAAUAUCUUUUUUUCCCGUAUCACGUGUAAGUAGCACGCGAAGUAUUAUUCUCGCGGAAAGAAGAAAUCACUUAAAAUCGUUAUUUCCUAAUUUAUGCUCGACUUUAACUUUGUUAAAUCUGUAAGAAUUUGUUUCAAUAAAACUUCGGUCUUAUGUAUAUUAAUGUAAAAA